AUGGCAGGUAUGCCUCUGAAAAGAAAACAAUCAUCUGGAUGUCAAAAUAGGAAGAACCAAAAAAAGAGAUUGGCAUCUACUAAAUCUCUUGCAGGUUCUUUUGAUAAGUUUUUGAUUAGGAAUCAACCAAUAGUUGGGAACGCCACCAACGAAGAUGAUGCUACAGCUGAUAAGGGUAUGAAUGAGGGGAAUGAGAACGAUGGUAUUGCUGAUAAUGGCAUGAAUGAGGGGAAUGUAAGUGAUGGGGCUGCUGAUAAUGGGAUUGAGGAGGAUAAUUUGAAUGUUGGUGUUGCUAAUAAUGGUGUUAAUGAGGGGAUUAAAGGUGCUGAUGGUGAUAAUAGAGAUAGAAAUGAGGAUGAUGCAAACACAACAGCAGAAAAUAAUGAAGUUGGAAAUUGUGGUGAUAAGUUAACAGAUAGAGACAUGCUUGAUCCAGGUAAUUGGGAAACAAUUGAUAAAAAACUUGUUGAUUUUUUGGUAGAGAAGGGUCCGGUAAGAGUUGACAAUAUCAUAUUCCCUAGAUAUGACAAGAAAGAUUUUUUCUCUAGCUAUCAUUACUUUCGGAAAUUGAGCAAUUUUGAGAAACAAGAUAGAAGAUGGUUAGUGUAUUCGAAAACUUUGGACAAGGUAUUCUGUUUUUGUUGUAAACUGUUCAUGAAAAGGGAAAGUAAUUAUCAGUUGUGCAGUACUGGGUUUAAUGAUUGGAAUAACCUAAGUGGAAGACUCGCAAGUCAUGAAAACUGUGGAGUGCAUCAUCGUUGUAUGUAUGAUUGGCUUGAGUUGGAAUUAAGAUUGAGAAAGGAAAAAACUAUCGACAAAAGAAUACAAGAACAGAUCAACAAAGAGAGAAAACAUUAUAAAGAAGUAUUGGAGAGGAUGAAGGAUGGAGUGUUGUUUCUAGCGAAGAAUGGUUGA